AUGGCUCCAAGAGCUAAAGCUAUCGGACUAGCCGAUCCGUGUGUCGACAAAUGCUCCGAUCGUGGCAACCAGUACUACGACGAAGAUCAUCCUAUUGAACGAUCGAACACCAACAUUGUACCCCAAGAUAGUGGUCCAGAUAUAUUUGACAUCAUUCGUGAAGAACUUGAAGCCAAGGAAGUCGAGAAAGGAAAAGGCUUCUUCAUUCCCCGAGGCUCUCUCCAAGAGACAUUCACUCCCGGACGUCUCCUCGCAGCCGUACAGCAACUGUGGAAGGAUGUCCCAGAGGAAGGUCAUCAGCGACUUUGUAUUCGUAUCCUCCACGAAGUCCGUUGCUGGAAGGUCUUCCUCUUGUUUAUUUAUACACAACUACAUGAGUCACUGCCUGAGCUUUGGAAGAACGAAAGUGGCAAGGAUAGCCUCAGGCUGUCAGAUCGAUGCCUACCCUUGAUCUCGAUUACCCCUGACGGCAAGAUUGCAUGUCAGAACAAGACUCAUUCUCAUCGGCUCCCUGGUCGCAAGACCAGAAAACUCUCAGGGAAAGAUUGCAAGCACAUGGUACUAGCCAGUUACGCAUUCAAUGCCGUUUACUUCAAACUUCCCACAAAAGGCAAAAAGAAUCAUGUCCACUACAGUCUUGGUCCGAAGGACGUCCUGCCAUACACAAUCGACUCUCCUUCACCCGACAGGAGCUUGGUUAAGGGGCGGGCUGGCUCAGCUGGGCAAGCAAGCAACAAUGUCAAGCUUAGACCAGACACGGAUCAGGAUGACAAUCUUCACGGGGGCUUUGGCGAGGUUAAGAGGAUCAUCAUUGAUCGAAGUCACUUUGACUUUGGUCAUCUCGGAUCUGAUGAUGGUAAAAACAAAGAGCUGACCUUCGCUCUAAAGAGGCUGCACGCGUCCGAUAAAGAGGCCUUCGACAAGGAACUGGCCUCCCUGAUCACCGUCAAAGCCCAAAAAAGCACCCACCUCAUCAAACUUCUCGCUACAUUUUCUGUCAUUGAAGAAGAUGGCGGGAGUGAAGUGUUCUACCUACUUUUCCCCUGGGCGGAGGGAAACCUCUGGAAGUACUGGGAAGUUCACCAGCCCAAAAAUGAACAGGACCGCCUGUCCAUCGCUCCGUGGAUGGCUCAACAAUGCCACCAGCUUGCCCUUGCUCUGCUGUGCGUUCACAAUGAAAGAGAACACACGCUGCAAUUUUACGAGGUCCCGGCUGGGAAAGGCGAGCUAUAUGGGCGCCACGGCGAUAUCAAAGCUGAAAACGUUCUUUACUUUGAAGCUGACGGCACGCUUGUACUGUCUGACUUUGGACUUGGUCGCCUUCACACCAAAUAUUCUCGAUCCAAUGCUGACCCGAAAGCUCUUGAAAAAUCAGCAACAUAUCGAGCGCCCGAGUUUGAUCUCGCUAAAGGUCGCAUAUCUCGAAAAUCGGAUGUCUUUUCGCUGGGGUGCAUGUUCCUCGAGUUCGUUACAUGGCACGUUUUGGGCUAUGACGCUGUCUAUGAGGUGUUUCCUGACUACCGCAUGGACGAGGAUACUGCAUACGGAUUCGCGACGGACAUUUUCUUCAAGAUCGAAGGCGACACGGCCAUCAUCAAGCCCAAGGUGUGCGAGUGGAUGGUGAAGCUCAGGAAACACGAGAGAGCAUCCGAGUACACCAAGCAGUUUCUCGAUAUUAUCGAGAAGAUGCUCAGCCCGUAUCCAAAUGAUCGAAUCAAUGUUGCGAAGCUCGUUAGAGAGCUUGGUGUUAUCAGAAAGGCUUGUGAACGCGAUCCAAGCUACUACGGUGGUGAGUCCCCGUCAAGAAGUUAUGUCUUCCAUUUAAUCAAACCACCAUAG